AUGGCGCGAAUACUGCAAGGCAAUCUGCACAGGAGCAGGUUGGCCCACGAUCUUCUACCACAUUUCGUCGCGGAGGAGAAAGUGGAUAUCCUCUUGAUAAGUGAGCAGUAUAGGGACCGUGACACACCAAGUUGGGUGUCGAACGACGCAAAAACUGCCGCUGUCUGGGUGCCCAGGCGUAAAAUCGCGGACACGGAAAAAGGGGACGAUUACGUGCGGGUACGGGUGGGUCGCAUCACUUACUUCAGCGUGUAUCUGUCACCGAACCUAACCGCGGCCGAUUUUACAGCAAGAUUAGGGGCGCUCGAGGACGCCAUUAGAGACGUGUCAGGUGAACUCGUGAUCGGAGGUGAUUUCAACACGAGGGCCGUAGAAUGGGGCAUGUCAGCUAUAAAUAGGAGAGGCAGGGCCAUCCUUGAAAUGGCAGCUAGACUAAAUUUGGUAGUAGCGAACGAGGGUAACACCACUACCUACCGUAGACCAGGUUAUGGGGAAUCCAUACCGGAUAUAACCUUCGUGAGCGAAAUGACUAUACACAAAAUAAGAGACUGGCGCGUCACGGAGGAAUAUACAGCAAGCGACCACCAGUAUAUUCUCUUUAACAUCAACGAAGAAUCCGCGAGCACAGCAAGUAGGAAUCAAGACCGGAUGCCAAGAUGGAACACCAGACGGAUGGACCGAGAAGUACUCCAGGAGGUGAUCCAAAGUGCGGAACUCCUAUCCAGCUGA